UGUGAUUCCCAAGUGGGCAAGUGGAGUUUUAAUGAUAUCAGCACAAAGAAUGCCUUCAACAUCUUUCAACGGAAUUCUGCGGCCACUUCUUAUUGGAUUCCUAUUGCUUGGCUGUUUUGUAACUGUGCUUUUUAUGUACUUUAAACCAUCUAAUAACAACUGGCUUUCGGGGCCCACAGAAACAGUAACAUCAACAAUCAAGAUUAAAGCCCUGCCUAUUGUCCAAAAGGAGGUGGACCAGACUAUAGUGCUCAUUUGGCUAUGGCCAUUCGGCCAGGCGUAUGAUUUGGACUCUUGUAACACAUUAUUUAAUGUUGAUGGCUGCUACUUAACAGCAGACCGGAGUUUAUAUAACAAAUCAAGUGGAGUGAUUAUUCACCACAGAGACAUAAGCAAGGAUUUAUCAAACUUGCCCCCACCGCAGCGGCCAUCAUUUCAAAAGUGGAUAUGGAUGAAUCUGGAAUCACCAUCUCAUUCUCAAAAAAUUCCAGGACUUGAGAAGUUGUUUAAUGUGACUCUGAAUUAUCGCCAAGAUGCGGACAUACAGCUGCCUUAUGGGUCAGUUGUGCCCAUUCAGGAGGACGAAGAGUUCGUACUGCCAACCAAGACAAAGACAGUGUGCUGGAUUGUCAGUAACUGGAAUGCUGACCACGCCAGAGUGAAAUACUAUAAUGAGUUGUAUAAGCACAUCGAGGUACAUACAUAUGGCCAAGCCUUUGGGGAAUACGUCAUUGACAAAGAGUUCUUCUCCACAAUAUCUAGUUGUAAAUUCUACCUGUCCUUUGAGAACUCCAUCCACAAAGACUACAUCACUGAGAAGCUCUUCAACCCUCUCUCUGUGGGCUCAGUGCCCAUCGUCCUAGGACCCUCGAGGCAGAAUUAUGAGAACUUUGUGCCAGGAGAAGCCUUCAUACAUGUGGAUGAUUUCCUCACUCCUAAAGAGUUAGCUGAGCACCUAAUGUACCUGGAUAAGAAUGACAAUGUGUAUUUGCAGUACUUUGACUGGCGGAAACAAUUCAAAGUGAAAAUGGCCUCUUUUUGGGUAGAGCACACAUGCCGAGCCUGUGAUUACAUUAAAAACCAUAAGGAGUAUAAAGUGUGUAAUAAUCUUGACACAUGGUUUUGGGACUAAAUGUCCACACAAAUGUUCACAUAAAUAUGUACAUUUUUGGACUUAUUUUGAGGCUCAACAUGUCUUUGAAGUUUUGUGGUACAGCCCACUUACAAACUGUUCAGUAAAUAGAUGUGUGACUUUAAGGCAUUAUUCCAUGCUAUAUUCUUAAACUAUGGUGGACCAUUUGUCUUAUUUAUAUGCCGUCUGAUACCCACAUGAUUAGGAUUGACGUUCACCUUUCACAUGACUGUGCCACAUCUCAAAUGGUAUGAGUAGAAGUGUCAAAAAUAUGACGACAGUAUUUUGUCAUCACUGCUUGUUUUAUAUGCUGUAGCCUAUGUUUUAUAGAUCAGUGAUUAGUUCCACAGCAGUUCAGACAUAUUGUGAACAAACACCUUUUCUGGCCUGAUCUCUAAUCAAUCUGGGGUUUUGAUCUU